AUGGAGACCUUGUCGACGGCGGUUAUUAGAGAGAAUUACCUCAACGGGAAUCACCAGCACCAACAUUCCUUCUCCUCUUCAUCUGUCUCCCUUAGACAUGUCAACUACAGCUGUGGGGUCUGUGGCUAUGAGCUGAACUUGAGCUCUUCGAACAGAAACACAUCGACCAUAGACUCCAAGUAUGGGAAAUCAAUAAAGCGCGGGGUCAUCUCAUUCUUCUACAUCGACGAGAGCAGGUUUACUCUGAUGGACGAGUUCCAAUGCAUUCCGUUUUUUUUAUCAAAGAGCUCGUGGGGCUUUUUCCGCAGGAGAACCAAACUCCUCUGCCGCAAGUGUGGCAACCCAGUUGGCAUUGCUUACGACGACGAAGCUCCAGCUGCUUACCCUCUCGUAUCAGGUGACGAACCAGAGUUAUCCUCCUCUUCAGGCACUUCCGAAGCUACUACUAAACACAGAAAGUACGACAUUAAAAUCCGCUCUUUACAACCUUCUGCUGUUGAUAGAGUCGGUACGCCACAUUAUCUGUGA